AUCGAAGUUCAAAAUGAAGUGAGACACAGGUAAACAAAAAAGCAAAACCUAUUGUUAAGUGUCAUCGGAGACUUUUCGAAGUUUUGAAACAAUUAAAGAAUAGAAAGGUAGUAAGAUACAUUUGAAAUAUAAGACUUAUUUUCAAUAAUUGAUUGAUCAACAGGGAAGCAGUCAUUACCACCUUUUAAAUCAUGUCGUCAGGCAGCGAGAGCGAUGAGGAUUACGUACCGGGAGAGCCUGAGAAAGUAUCCGAAGAAGAAUCAGCCAAUGAAGAGACAGACUUACAGUUCGAAAAAGAACUAGAACAGAAAGCAAAGAAACGGAAAAAUGUUACAGAAACAAAAGGCACAAAGAAACGCAAAACAAGAAAUGGCGCACAAGAGAAAGAAGAGUCUCCAGCAAGGGAAAUAGAAGAAAGCGAGCCGGUACAAAAUCCAGAAGAAGAAAAGAAAAAAGAAGACGACUUAUGGGCGAAGUUUCUGGAAGGAACUGAUACAAAACCCAAACCUACCUCCACUGUAACCAGCACUAGCGUUAACACUCCCACCAAACCCGUAGUCAGUAAGCCAGAAGUUCCGACAGCCAAAAGUAAUGACGAUCAAGCUAGAGAGAAGAGAAUAUUCGAGUUUGCAGGUGAAACUAUCGUUGUGGAAAAUAAUACGAUCAAAGAAAGGAUUAAGACCGCUGAUAGUCCUGCUGCAGGAAGCAAACUGGAAGGCCCGUCCCGCAGUCGAGCGUUAGGAGGAACCGGUCUAUCAGGCAUCCUGGGCCAGAUCAACAAAAAGAACAAGCUCUCCACGUUAGAGAAGUCCAAGCUCGACUGGUCUACUUACAAGCAAGAGGAAGGUCUUGAAGAAGAAAUACAAAGCCACAACAAAGGGAGAAACGGCUAUUUGGACAAACGAGAUUUUUUGGAACGCGCAGAUGUUCGACAGUACGAGAUCGAAAGAGAUAUGCGUCUCAAUCGUCGCAGCAAUCGAUAAAAUUAUAGAACAAUGUUAAUGAGCCAUAAUCUUCACUAUUAAAUAUCUAAUAAGCCUA